AUGGCUGUGCCAAAUUUUGUUUUGGCACUAACCACCACCCCACUCAUGGACGACAAACCACACAAGGCUCACCGUGCUGCGCAAUCAGGGGCCAAGGCCGAAAAGAAGGCCCAGUCCAAAGGUAAAGGAAAGGCGGAUCAUGGAAAAGGAUAUAACGAAAAGGCAUUCGCUCCCAAAUCGGGCCGAAAAGCAGACAGACAAGGGCGCCGAACCGCAGAGAAGGAUCAGACGAGAUUGCAUGUUCCCUUGGUGAAUCGCACACCUGAAGAUGAGCCGCCGCCAGUGAUCGUUGCAAUUGUCGGCCCGCCUGGGGUUGGGAAAACGACUCUUGUGAAAAGCUUGGUUAGAAGGUACACAAAGCAUACACUUUCUGAGGUUAAAGGUCCGAUUACCGUUGUUGCUGGGAAGAAGAGGCGAUUAACAUUCGUCGAGUGCAAUAAUGAUCUUAAUUCUAUGAUUGACAUAGGAAAGAUAGCCGAUUUGGUGUUACUCAUGAUCGACGGUAGUUUUGGUUUCGAGAUGGAAACAUUUGAGUUUCUUAACAUCCUGCAGGCGCAUGGCUUCCCCAAGGUCAUUGGUGUAUUGACCCAUUUGGAUCUAAUCAAAAAGCUCUCUACUCAACGAGAAACGAAAAAACAACUCAAGAAGCGAUUCUGGACUGAGAUAUACCAGGGCGCCAAACUAUUCUAUCUAUCUGGAGUGCUCAAUGGCCGUUACCCAGAUUCCGAAAUUCAGAAUUUAUCGAGGUUUAUAUCCGUUAUGAAGUUCCGACCACUUGUAUUCCGGAAUUCUCAUUCAUACCUCCUGGCGGACCGGUUACAGGACUUGACUCCUCGAGAACUCGUUCGAACGACACCAAAUGUGGAUAGAACCGUGACUUUGUAUGGGUACCUUCGUGGAACAAACCUUCGGGAAACGACCAAGGUGCAUGUCCCCGGAGCAGGCGACCUUUCCAUUAAAAGCAUAACUCGCCUUGCCGAUCCUUGUCCGCUUCCCACUGCAGAUAGCGAGAAACGGCGAAAGUUGAGUGAAAAACAGAAGCUCAUACAUGCGCCGAUGAGCGAUGUGGGUGGAGUGAUGUACGACAAGGAUGCGGUGUACAUUAAUGUACCGGGAAACUUUACCAGAAAAGGAGAAAACGGGGAGGAAACAGAUGCCCAAGGAGAAGGGGAGAGGAUGGUUAUGGACUUGCAAGAUAUUACGCACACUCUCGCGGACAAGUUAUCCCAGAGCCAUAUCCGACUCCUGGGUACUUCGACUGCACCUCUCGAAGUUACAGAGAACGAUGAAGAGGAAGGAGACUGGUCGGACGACGACGGCAGCGACGACGACGACGAAGCCGACGAUUUGGAGGUGGAGGACGAUUCAGAUGACUCACAAGAUGACGAGAUAGUAGACAAAGGUGAUUUGGGUGACCAUGGUCGAACUGCUCCUCGUCAGCCGCGCUCAUUAAACCUACCUAAAUCAACAUCUAAAUCACACGAGGUUGAAUAUGCGGAAAGUGACUCGGAUCUUGGGGACGGGUUACUGGACGAGCAGUCUGGGGACGAGGCGGGAUUGGAGUUUGAAGAUGAGGAUGGGUUAGAUGACGAUAUUGAAGGAGAGUUAGAGGAGCACGAGGACGGGAGCGAGAGUGAAGAAGGAGAAGAGGUGCCGAGAUGGAAGUCAGGUCUUGCAGAGCGAGCAUCUCGAUCAUUCGACCUGCGCGCCAAGUCCAGGAGACGAAAAGACUGGUCGAAACUAAUUUAUGGGUCGGAACUCACCCCUCACGAAGUAGUCUUCGGAAAGGAUGCGAACGCCGACAAUAGCCAACCCACCGAAGACAAUGAUGAACUCUUUACCGUUAAGCGACCAGCAGAAUCCGGAGUGGAAUUGUUUGACCAGACCAAGGAGCCCAUUGAUACUGAAUCGUUGGCGGCAUGGGGAGAGGAAGAAAUGUUGGAUUCGAUUCGUCAUCUGUUCAUCACCGGGGAGCCCAAGCCGGUUUUGGGGCAGGAUGAGACUGGGGAGCCGUACGAGGACGAGGCGGAGGGCGGAUUCGAAGACCUAGAGGCUCCCACGACUAUGACCCCUACGGACGAGGAAACUCGUGCAGCCGAGCUCGCGGCGAAAAAGGAGGCUCUAAAACGGAAAUUCGACGAGCAGUACGAUGAUCCGGACGAAGAUCCUACAGCUAACAUGGAUUUCUACGAACAAAAGAAAGACGAAAUGGCUCGCCAGCUAGCACUGAAUCGAGCCGAGUUUGAAGGCAUAGACGAAGAGACGAGAGUAAUGGUUGAAGGUCAUCGCGCUGGUGCGUAUGUGCGUAUUGAGUUGGAAAACGUACCUUGCGAGUUGGUCGAGCAUUUCGAUCCUGCAUUUCCCAUUAUCAUUGGAGGACUGCUCCCUGCCGAGGAACGAUUCGGGUUUAUUCAAGUUCGAAUCAAGAGGCACCGUUGGUACACCCGGACACUCAAAACCAACGACCCUCUCAUCUUCUCCGUUGGCUGGAGGCGAUUCCAGUCGCUUCCUAUUUACUCCCUCGACGAUCAUAGUAUUCGCAUGCGGAUGCUUAAAUAUACUCCGGAGCAUAUGCACUGUUAUGCGACAUUCUAUGGCCCAGUUUCCCUGCCGGGCACUGGCUUCUGCGCAUUCAACUCGCUCGACGGCAAGGUUCCUGGGUUCAGAGUGUCUGCGAGUGGUGUAGUGCUGGAUAUCGAUCGCUCAGUGAAGAUCGUCAAAAAGCUCAAGCUUACCGGCACCCCGUACAAGAUCUUCAAAAACACGGCCUUCAUCAAGGACAUGUUUAAUUCCGCGCUCGAGGUCGCUAAGUUCGAAGGUGCAAAUAUACGAACUGUCUCGGGGAUUCGGGGACAAAUUAAGAAGGCCCAAGCGAAGCCCGAUGGUGCUUUCCGUGCGACAUUUGAGGACAAGGUGUUGAUGAGCGAUGUUGUAUUCCUUCGUGCUUGGUACUCUAUCAUGCCCCGAAAGUUCUAUAAUCCUGUUACGUCUUUACUCUUGGUAGACAAGGGAGAGUGGAAGGGGAUGAGACUGACAGGCCAGGUUCGAAGAGCCGAGGGGUUGAAAACGCCCUUGAGUGUGAAUUCGACUUACAAGGCAGUAGAUCGACCAUCUAGGCGCUUCAAUCCUCUCAAGAUACCCCGCAAGCUCCAAGCUGAUUUACCGUACGCAUCCAAAACAAAAAUCACGCGACCCCAAAGCCGUCCAACCUAUACCCAGAAACGUGCCGUAGUUCUUGAGCCGGAGGAGCGCAAGGCCAUUAGUCUCAUCCAGCAAAUACGUGCAUUAAGGAAGGACCAGGUGGCCCGGCGCCGCGAGAAACAAGGUGAACGGAAAGCAGCGCACCGCAAGAAAGUUGAGACCAUGGAGUCAAAGAAGGAGGACAAGAAGAGGGAGGAGCGGAAGGAAUAUAUGCGUUUGGCUGGGCAGAAGGCUAAGCGGGCUUCAGAAGGUGGAGGCGGGCGAAGCUCAAAACGAUCCAGGCAUGAUUGA